AUGGUAAAAGAAACAAAAUACUACGAUAUCUUGGGCGUUUCGCCUACUGCAACUGAAAAUGAACUGAAAAAAGCUUAUAGGAAAUUGGCACUCAAGUACCAUCCGGAUAAGAAUCCCAAUGAGGGCGAACGUUUUAAGGCAAUUUCACAGGCAUAUGAGGUUUUAUCGGAUCCGAAAAAAAGGGAGAUAUAUGACGAAGGUGGUGAAGAAGGUCUAAGUGGAGCAGGUGGUGGCGGAAACUUCCAUAAUCCAAUGGACAUUUUUGAUAUGUUUUUCGGAGGACGUUUUCGGGGAAAUGAGAGAGGUGAACAUAAAGUACGUGAUAUGAUACAUCAAUUGCCGGUGACUCUAGAACAAUUAUAUAAUGGAGCUGUGAAAAAGCUCAAACUUUCACGUAAUAUCGUCUGUCCGAAAUGCGAAGGUGUUGGUGGAACAAAGGGUUGCGUAAUUUCUUGUGAAGCUUGUAAAGGUCGAGGCGUACGAGUUGAAAUCACGCAAAUUGCACCUGGUAUGGUACAACAAAUGCAGUCAACAUGUAAUGUUUGUCGAGGUGAGGGCCAAGUAAUACCUUCAAAGGAUCGGUGCAAGCAGUGCGACGGAAAAAAGAAGAUCCGAAAUGAAUCUGUUUUGGAAGUCCAUAUUGAUAAAGGAAUGAAAGAUGGACAGAAGAUUGUGUUCUCAGGGCAAGGCGAUCAGGAAGUUGGAAUACCUUCUGGUGACGUAGUAAUUAUAUUGGAUGAGCAACCACAUGAUGCAUUUGUGCGAAAAGGGCAUAAUCUAGUAAUGCAAGUUGAUCUCGAAUUAGUAGAGGCACUUUGUGGAUGUACAAAAUCAAUAGCAACACUAGAUUCACGUCAUCUUAUCUUCACAACAUUUCCAGGUGAAGUGAUAAAGCAUGGUGAUAUGCGUACGAUAAUUGGUGAGGGUAUGCCACACUAUAAGAAUCCUUUUGAAAAAGGUGACCUUCUUAUUCAGUUUGCUGUGCGAUUCCCGAAAAAAAUUGCGGAUGUGGAACAGUUGAAGAAAUUGCUGCCAGAUGGUACAGAGCCGAUGGUACCAGAUGACGCAGAAGUUGUAGAAUUAGAAAUAAUUCAUGACCAUGGGCCUCGUUCAUCGUCAUCUUCCGAAUAUGAAACACGUGGGCCCCAAGUAUUUAUGGUUUUACUGCUAUAUGUUUUUUAUUUACGGCAUGUUUUGUCAUAUGAAUCUGAUAAAUGCUUAAAUAAGAGUGGUGCUGCAUGCAGUUGUAUUUCGAAUUCUAGGAGCUAUGUUAGGAUCGGAAUACAUAAAUUAUUCCUUGUUUCCAUAGUGAAUGCUGGUGCUGACUUGAUAUUUUUGUCCAAGCCUUCCAAUCUGAUGGCAUUAAGUGCGUCGUCGGCAUAUUUUGUGACUGUUAUAGCUCAUGGGACAAUGUUAGUGUUGGCAUUAUCAGAUAUAAAUGAAUAUGUGAUGGCAACAUUACCAUUAACAGAUUGGACCGAACGUGAGUACGCGGAUGUGGAAACAUCAUUAACGAUUGCUAUCAGUCUUGGUAUAGCAUGUUGUGCGAUUGAAAUUAUAUUACUAACAUUUCAACUUCAUAACUUUAACAAAGCUAUCUUUUCGAUGUGUUUACAUCUUCUAGCAACAAUCUUCCUAUUGAAAUUUAUUAUUGACAGUCAUCCAUUGAAUCAUUUCUGGAUUGCUUUUGGAAUUUUUUCCGUUCCUGCUACGGAAACGAUGACGACGAAGAGACGAAAUCACGGACGUAACAAAAAAGGUCGUGGACAUGUAAGACCCAUUCGCUGUACAAAUUGUGGUCGUUGUGCACCCAAAGAUAAGGCUAUCAAGAAAUUUGUUGUUCGUAAUAUUGUGGAAGCAGCUGCUGUUCGAGAUAUUUCCGAUGCAUCUGCCUAUGAUUCAUAUGCGUUGCCCAAAUUAUAUCACAAGUUGCAUUACUGUGUAUCUUGCGCAAUUCACAGUAAAGUAGUACGCAAUCGUUCACGUGAAGCACGCAAGGACCGUAAUCCACCUCCACGUUUUGGACAGCGUGGCGGCAUGGUUGGAGAUCGUUUUCCACGACCAGGUGCCCCAAAUCGACAAGGAGUGUAG